UCUCAAUUUACUUUGCUCUAAGAUAUCUUCCUUUUCACCCGUAUGAUAUAUGACUGUACUUGAGUCUCCUUAUCAGAAAGCAGAAAGAUUGGCUGUUCAGCCCGUUGGUAAGUCAACAACGCAAGUUCAUCCGCGAAGGAAUACCUGAAUCUGUAUUUAUGUAUGCUUUUACUAUGGACUCUAAUGUAGUACUUAGUGGCGCAGUUAGCUUUACAGUCUUGACGCGCUGCUUUAUGUGCCAUCCAGUUUUCAGCAAUCGUUAUGGCAUCCUCCCAACCUGCCGGAUCUUCUGUCCCUUCGUCAAAUAUCAAUUCCCCAACUUUAGCCCCUGGGAGCGGCCCAUUACCGAAUGGCGCACUGCCCGAUCUGAAUCCGAGGUCUUCUCCUGCUCCUCCCAGUACCGCAUCUGUGCAAGCAGAUGGCGCGAGAUCAAAGCGAAAUAAACGUGAUAGCCGCAAAAAACGAGAGGCGAAAGGUCUAGAUCUGGAAAACGCGCCCCCUAAGAAACGCGCCGUCCUUGUUCACAACUCCGCCAUUCCGAGUUCUGAACUCUCACUCCUUAGGCCUCUGUUGCUUGCAGAACCAAGGCCAUCCGAUCUUUUGCCUCCACAGCCACGCCAACUGAGCUUCAUGACCCGGAAAACAUCGGAUGUCAUAGGCCAGAGCUGGGAUUUCUAUGAAGUGGUCGACAAGCUCACAAAUAAAAAUGGAUUUCGUUACAGCUAUGCAAUUGCUGAUCCACUUUUUCGGCAUAUCAAGUAUCGUCAAACAGACCUCCAUCCUUAUCAUGCCCGCUUCAGUUUUGAAGACUCUCCUGCGGCAAUAGCUUUUACCAAGGAUGCACUUGCGGUUACAACCAGCGAUCCAUGGCAGACAGCACGCGCCAACGUAUGUGUACGCGAGGGAACAUACUACUAUGAGGCCCGUGUAAUAAGUGGAAUUGUCAGUGAUACUCAGGCAGCACCUAGGAGUGGCGCCUCUGGAUCGUCCCCACGAGGCCAUGUCCGCCUUGGGUUUGCGCGACGGGAGGCAGACCUCGAUGUCAAUGUAGGGGUGGACUGUUAUGGCUACGGAAUUCGAGAUGUGAACGGCGAGGUGGUCAAUCGAAUGCGCUGCGAGUACUUCUUCCCUAAAGGAGAGUCUGUUUGUGAAGGUGACGUUAUCGGUAUGCUCAUCACUAUCCCACCACUUUCUUUACAAAGAAAAGUUGUGGAAGGGACAUAUGAUCCCGCAGUUGACGGGGAUGGUUCGACAUAUCAUUCGGAAUCCCCAUCAGCAACAAACAUUAUUCGUGAUCGUAUACCUUUCCAUUACAGAUCGGAUUUUUGUUGGCAGCAGUCAAAUGUUUUCCCCACGAAACAACUUCGGGAUUAUGCGUUUAAUCUCAAGGAAACCCCAACUUUCGGCCCACCCUCGCCUUUAAACAGUGAGGACGCAUCAUUGCGGACAUUGCCAGGCUCAAGCAUUACGAUAUAUAAGAACGGAGUCAAAAUGGGCACUCCCUUCAAGGAACUGUACGCAUUCCUCCCGCCAGCCAGUAGACUCGCAAACGGAACAAAUAACCUCGGCAUCGGAGAGCGAGAAAGUGCAGACGAUGGAAUGAUUGGUUAUUACCCUGCUGUGAGCUGCUUUGGCGGCGGAGCUGUAGAAUGCCGCUUCGAGCCACCAUGGUGGAUCGGGCCCCCUUCUCAUACAGAUACUGGCGAGCUCAUUAGGGCGAUAGGGGAACGUUUUAAUGAGCAGAUAGCGGAAGAUGUCCUGGCUGACAUCGUCGAUGAAGUCGAGGCCAUGUUUAUCUGGGGAGGCGUGGACGGCAAUGUUGUCGGCGCUGGUGAGCUUAAUGGUUCGGGAUCUGGUAUCGUUGGUGGCUCUGCUAUCCUGAAGGAAGACGUCGAUACCGCUUAUGAUUCAUCAACACCCGCGGAGGGCCGAACAGCGAAUUCUAGGGGCAAUGAGAAUAUUAUUAGCAAUGAGGCAGCAAGCCUGCCUGACAUGGUCUCAGGCCACACCACCUUCGAAGACGCGCUGGGGACAGAAGGAACGCCAAAUGCAGAAGCGUCUCCAGUAGCAGGAUUUGAGGGCACGGUGGCUGAUGAAGAUACACCGAUUUCCUGA